AUGGCUGUCCCCUCAAAUCGCAGGGCAAUCCUCCUCGCGAUAUUCAUCGCGUUCGGUGGAUUCCUCUUCGGCUAUGACAUUGGUGUAAUAUCAGGAUGUUUGAUUAUGCCUGACUUCAUCGAGCGUUUCGGAAUACAAAACGCAGACGGCUCAUUUACGCUAUCAAGCUCUCGACAAUCUAUCAUUACAUCUCUCCUCUCUGCUGGUACCAUCGUCGGUGCGAUCGCACAGGCCUUUACCUCCGACCGCUUCGGGCGACGUGGUUCCAUCCUCAUCUGGUCGUUCAUCUUCACCGUGGGCACCGUCGUCCAGACAGGCACCGUCCGCUCUCUCGCGCAAAUCGUCAUUGGCCGCUUCAUUGCUGGUCUCGGCGUCGGCGCGCUCUCCGCCAUCGUCCCGUUGUACAACGGCGAGACAGCCCCCAAGGCGCUGCGUGGCAUGCUCAUCGUGCUGUACCAAGUCCAGAUCAUCAUGGGCAUUUUUAUCAGCUACGUGAUCGACCUCGGCACGCACUCGAUCAAGAACUCUGCGUCCUGGCGCAUCCCAGUCGGCCUGCAGAUGCUCUGGGGUCUCAUCCUGCUUUCGGGUAUUUUCUUCCUGCCCGAAUCACCACGUCACCUACUCGGCGUGGGUAGAGAUGCCGAGGCUCGCAAAGUCAUCGCAGAGCUCAACAGUGUGCCGGAGGACGAUCCCAUGGUGACGGAAACCCUCGAGGAGCUGGAAUACGCCAUCCACGCUGAGAACGACGGCGGAAAGGCUACCUGGCUGGAGUGCUUCUCGGAGCGCAACAUGCUUUGGAAGCGCACGAUCAACGGCAUGAUGCUCCAGUUCAUCCAGCAGUUGAACGGCCAGAACUUCUACUACUACUACGGCGACACGUUCUUCAAGAGCGCGGGCACAACGCUAUCGCCAUACGUGAUCCAGACCAUUCUCGGAGCUGUAUCCGUUGCCGGCACUGUUCCUGCACUGUACCUGAUUGACACUUGGGGCCGUCGCCGGUCGCUCAUGACGGGUGCGGCAUUCGAGGCAAUGUGCGCGCUCAUCGCUGGCCUUGUCGGACACUUCCUGCUCGCGCCAUCUGGCACCCCCGUGGACGAGCUCACGCCCACAAAUAAGCAGGGCGGCGACGUUCUCAUUGCUUUCGCCGUCAUGCACGUCUUUGCCUACUCAAUAUUCUGGGGCCCGACGCCCUGGGUGUACCUCGGCGAGUCCUUCCCGCUCCGGGUUCGACCAAAGUGCAUUGCGCUCGGCAGCGCGACGAACUGGGUGUGGAAUUUCCUGCUGUCGUUCUUCUCGCCGCGCAUCGCAGAUGACAUCGGGCCGCUCAUUCUACUCAUCUUCGCUGGAAUGCUCGUGUUCGGUUUCUUCUACGUGUGGCUGUUCAUCCCCGAAACUAAGGGCCUCUCGCUUGAGGAAGUCGACGAGAUGUACCGCGCGAAGGUGCUACCAUGGCGGUCAAGCGAAUGGCGGCCGUCGGAGAAGCACGUACACGAGAAGGUGCCGGAAGUGCGUGUGGACAAGGGGAAGGACGAGGACGAGGAGGCAUGA